AUGGACAUGGAUUGUCCGGGAGUCGCGGCGGAGUUCUGCGGGGUUCAGGAGCCUGCAGCGGAGGACGAUGAGGACAAUAGAAAUCGAAACGAAGACGAUGAAGACGGGGAGGAGACGGGCGACGAUUUCGAGCUGCACGACGGGCCGAUUAACAAUGACGGCGGCGGCAUCUCAGCGGGAGGGCCCGGGUGGGAGGCGUUCUUACCUCAGGGUAUCACACCCGCGUCCAACGGCGUGCACGCGUGGGAGCUGCUGACGGCGAGCGGUGCAGCUCGGUUCGACCUGGUGCUGACGGACGUGGUGAUGCCGGGGCUAUCAGGCAUCGGGCUGCUCACGCGCAUCAUGACGCGCGAGGCGCUCCGCGGCAUGCCCGUCAUCAGUGCGUACCGUUCCUUCCCCUCACGCCGUCUUUACCGGCGCCGUUUGAUGUCAUCACACGACAGCAUGGAGAUGGUGCUAAAGUGUUUUCAGAAGGGCGCGGCGGACUUUCUCGUGAAGCCCGUGCGCAAGAACGAGCUCAAGAACCUCUGGCAGCACGUCUGGCGCCGAUGCCACUCGUCUACGGGCAGCGGCAGUGGCAGCGGCAGCGGCACGAACGGCAAGGUGUUACGAGAGAAGCGGGGCGCGUACGAGGGCGACGGAGUGGGGUGCAGCUUCAACGUGAACGGCGGCAGCGACAACGGCAGUGGCACUCAGGUCAACGCUAAUGCCACCAAGGCACACGCGCGGGAGAAGCAGGAGAGGGAGAGGGAGAGGGAGAAUGAGCGCGAGAGGGAGAGGCAGGCAGAGGGAGAGGGCAACUGCGACGGCACAGGGAACGACCUAGCAGCAGGCGGCACCAUGGUUGGCUCGCACUCCGCUCUGCCCCACACUACCGCCGGCGCUGCCGCCGGAUCCGGCCCCUUACCCGCCAACACCGCCGCUGCCGCCGCCGUCGCUGCCGCCGCUGCUGUUGCGACUGCUGCUGUUCUCCCUGCGGGUGGUGGCGGAGGAGGGGAAGGGGGAGGGUGCGAAAGGGGAGGGGGAGGAAGAGUUGCAGUUGCUGGUGGCGGCGCUAUCGGCGCCGCGAUUGGCGGCGGCGGCGGCGGCAUGGUUAUGGGAGCGGCGUUCGCGUUUGGCAUGAUGGCGAUGGGCGGCGCGGCGGCCAUGCAAGCAUCGGGGGAAGGCUCGACUAUCAAAAGGCCUGACGAGUUGGUGUAUGAUGGGGGAGGCGGGGGAGGGGGAGUGGCAGGGGGAGGGGGAAAAGGCGCGGAUGCAUCCCCGCACGUGCUGACAGCUCCCCUCAGGUCGGCGCAGCGGCAGGAGGAGGAUGCGCGCGGGGGAGUGGAGGGCGGGAGGCACGCGGAGAGGAAGGGCGUGGCGGAGAUUGGGGGCGCGACGAGUUGGCGCAUGAGGGGAGGGGAGGAGGAGGAGGAGGAGGAGAGGGAGUUUGAGAAGGAAAGGGAGCGGCGAUUGGAGCAUGCAAGGCAAGCAACUCACGGCGGACGCGGCUCCGCCGCUGCUGCUGCUGCGGCGGCGGCGCUGGCGGCGGCUACAGCGGCUGCCGCGGAUGGCGUUGCUGCUGCUGCCACAGCCGCCGCUACAGCGGCCGCUGCAGCCGGCGCUACAGCCGGCGCUACAGCCGCGGCGGCUACAGCCGCGGAGCACCAUCUGGUGUCGGGCGCGCGCGUGACGACGGCGCCCACUCUGGCGUCGGAGGAGGCGGCGCUGCAGAUCGGCAACGAGAGCGAGGAGGGCGCGACGCCGCGCGCGGAGGAGGACCGCGAGAACGAGGGCACGUCCGCCGAGUCCACGCGCGAGGCGUCCGCGGAAGCCAUGCUGCUGGGGGGCCUCACGCUCGCGGGCAAAGCCGCAGCUCCGGACGCCGCCGCCGCCGCCGCCGCUGCUGGAGCGGCUGCUGGCGGAGCUUUUGGAUUGGCUGCCGUAGCUGCUUCCGGACCUGCAGGCGAAGGGGUUCCGAACCAAGUUGGCGACAGGGUUGGUGGCGUUGGGGGCGGUGCUGCGCGGUGGGGGAGAGUGGGGGGAGGGAGGGGGAGAGGCAAGGGGGUGGCGGAAAAGGUAAUGCCCGGGGAGGCGGAGAUACGGGAUGAUGGGGGGGGCGGGGCGGCGCGGAGAGGGGCGGAUAGGGAUGGCGCCGCUUGCACGGGACCGAGCAGGCGAGUGAUUGAGGGGCGGAUAAAUCUCGAAACGGCGCAAGAAGGGCGCGCAGGGGAGGAUGUGGAGAUGGGGGAGGGGGAAGAGGAGGAGGAGAAGAGGCGCGGAUGGGAUGGGGGUAUGGAGGUGGAAGGGGGAGAGGAAGGGCGGAGGGGCGAGGGGAAAGACGCAGGUGGGGGGUUGGGGGGAGGGAGGGGAGGGGUCGGAGCAGGUGGGGAGGAGCGGGGGAUGGUGGGGGGCGAAGUUCCUCUCCUCUCCACCCUCCCUCCACUACGUUACCCACAUACCUUCCUCUCCCCCCUUGCCGCCCCCCUCCCCUGUGUGCUCUCUUAUACUUCCCAAGUUUCAAAUCGUCUCGCACUUGGACACAUUUUGCUCUCUGCAUUCGUCCUCGUCGUCCGCCCUUACACUCACUGCCCUCCAUCCUUUCUCCCCUUUGCCCGUUCCUUCCUUCCCUGCCUCGCCCGUUCCAGCUACCACACGGCCGGCCAAACAACCAUUGCGACAGCCAAUCACAGCCUGCCACCUGGACCACCACCAGCUGCACCGCCAUCCGGCACAGCCGCAGCAGCUGCCGCCACGGGCGCAGCAGCGCAGCGCGCAGGCGCACAUCCGCCGCCCCCAUUCACGCACCAAGCGCCGUGCGACCCGCUGCCACGCGCGCAUGCCUUGGGAAGCCCACACAGCGCCUUCCCGCCCACGUCUUGUGCUCAUCCGCUGCUUGCCCCGCACGCGCCUAUCACCUCGCGCCCUGACCGCCACGCUUCCGCCGCGCAGCAUGCGGCGUCGGGCAACGUCUCGUCCGCUCUCACGACGUCACACGGCGCGCUCGCCGCUGGCGCCCAUGGCAAGGGCGCGAAAACGGUGCACGUGGCGCACGGCGGGGCGACUGGGGCGCACGGGGGGAAAGGGGCGCAGGGGGGGAAAGGAGGGGCGCAUGCAGGCAGAGUGGUAGGCUUCUGUGACGCCGUGCCGGGAGGCCUCGUGCAGAAAGACGCGCGCGCCUUCCCGCCCGCACUGGGUGCGAUGGGCGCUGGUGCUGCUGCUGCUGCUGUCCGCGUGGGUCACGUGCUUGUGGGCCAACCGCAACAGUCGCAGCAACAGCAGCAGCAGAUGCUGUGUAAGCCGCUACCUGUUGCUGCUGCUGCGGGGAAAGGCGAUGCUGCUUGCGUGUGCGCGGGCGCAGAUGCCGCCGCUGCUGGUGCGUCUGCUGCAGGGAUGCGAGGCGUAGAAGGGAGCAUGGGAGCCGGUGCGUCCGCAGCGACCUUUGGAGGGGUGAGCGGCGUCACUACUGCUCGAGCAAGCGGCGCUCUCCCUGCUGCCACCGCCGCUACCGGCGCCACCGCUUCUGCUUCCGUAUCUGCCGCCGCAGCAGCUGCUGCUGCUGCUGCUGCUGCUGCUCGCGCUGCCACCGGUACUGACACUGUCCCUUCCGCCUCCGGGGCUCUCCCGUCCGCCACCGCCGCGGCAAGCCUAGAGCCUCCCUCCACUGCAGCAACCGCUGCUGCUGCCGCCGCUGGUGCGGCUGGGUCAGUCCCAGCUUUCCCCGCCGCCCCUGUUUGCGCCGCGCCUCCUGCUGCUAGCGGCACACCUGGCGCGCUCUCGCAUUCGCCCGUGGAUGCGCGCGGCGGGGGCCUGCUGCUCAGCACCUCGGCAUCUCCGUUCCCCGGCGCCACCCGUUUCGCGCUCCACAGCCGCGCCCCCCCGCUCGGCCUUCCCCGCCCGCAUCCCCACGCGCUCGCCCAUCCGCACCCGCACCCGCACCCGCCCCCGCACUCUGCUCUCCAACCUCUCGUCCCCCCGGCCCUGGCGCAACUGCCGGCGCAAUUGCUGGCUGGGUCGCGCAGAGACGAACAAGACGAGUUGAAACCAGGGGCUCAGCAGCAGCAGCAGCAGCAGCAGCAGCAAGAGCAGCAGCCGGAGCAGAAGCAGGAGCAAUGCGAAGAGCAACGGCUGGAGGAAACGGAGCAGCAAGGGCACGAGCAGCGGCCACAACAGCAAGAACAAAUGCCGGUCCCUGCAGCAGCAAACGCCACGGCACCAGACGCACCAGACGCAGCAGUAGCAAGCGCCGCAGAAGAUGCAGCAGCACCGAGAGAAGCACCAGGCGACUCCCCACCGCUGCCGCCAGCGCAGCAGCCGCGGCGGACACAUCACCACCUGGCAAAACACCUGCUGCCACCCCCUCCGCCCCUCCCUGUCGCCGGUUCCUCCCCGGGUCUGAGACCAAAAGAAGCGAGGAGAGAAGGGAGGAGAGACGGGAAGGACGAAAGGGCGAGAGGAGGAGAGGAGCAGGGGGAACGGAUUAUGUAUUUGGAUGGUGCAGUGGGGGCUGAGGGGAAGGAGGAGAGGCGAGAAGAAGGAGGAGGAGCGGCGGCAGGAGGGAAGGGGAAGAAUGAUGGGAAGGAAGGUGGGGCGGAGACGGCCUGUCUGGAGAGCAAGACUCCUGCGUCGCCCAGAGGUCCCGGGCAGCCAGGGAAAGCUGUGCAGAGAGCGGUGCAGCAGGAGAGCCAUGGGAAGGUGCGUGUGUCGUCCACAGAAGCUCUGCACUGGGUGGAAGAGUCUAAGGCGCUGCUGCAGGAGCAGCAGCAGCAUAGUGUGAGUGUCAUGUCCCCUGCUAACCCUGGCGCCGCUGCUGCCGCCGCCGCCGCCGCUGCUGCUGGUGCUGAUGCGGCAGCAGCAGCUGCUGCAGAGGAUGCCAAAGUGAAUGCGAACGCAAGUGGCAGUCCGGAGGGGGAAGGUUCCAACCCUCACAAUGCCGCUGCUGCCGCAGGGGCAGCAGGCGCAGCAGCAGCAGCGGGCGCAGGUCCGGUUGCUCUUUCAGGGCACCACCGAGCCUCGGCCGCAGCUGCGGCUGCCGUGCCUCGAGGCGAGGUUGGGAACGACGGGAGCAGCAACGUGUACGCGAAGGGUGGCGGCGGCGGCGGAGGGGGAAGGAAUGCGCGUGAGGGGGUUAACAACAGCAGCAGCAGCGGCGGGAAUGGCAAUGGGGAUGGUAAUGGAAGCUCGGAGUAUAAUGAGAGUGGGGACACGGGGAGAGACAUGGCGGGGAGCGCGCGCGCAGGGAGUGGCGGGCGGAGUGGCAGCGGGCAAGGAUCGGGCGGAGGGGGAAGCGGACAGGGGAGUGGGGGAGGCAGCGGAGGCGGGAGGGGAAGCGGGGGCAGCGGAGGCAGUGGGGGGAGUAAGCGCGGGGAUGCAAGCGCGAAUGGGGCGCAUGAGUGGAGCAGAACGGGGGGAGGCGCGGGGGGCGGUGGGGGGAUACAGGCGCUGUUGUCUUGCGCCAAUGGCAGUGCGGUGGGGUCCAAGGACCAGGCGCAUGACACUGCGGGCAUGACAGGCGCGGGCGGGCGCUUCCAGUCCCCCCAACGGGGGAACGGUGGAGGGGGCAGUGGCGGGGAGGGAGGUACUGGCGCGGGGAAUGGUAUUGAGGGGAUGGGGAGUGGAGGAGAAGGAGGAACAGGGGGCAGGGGAGGGGAAGGCAGUGGGGGGGAUGGUGGGGGGAGUGGAAACGGAGGGGGUUCGGGGAGGGGAAGUGGUGGGGGAGAGGGGAGUGGGGGGGAGGGUAGCGGAGGGGAAGGGGGGACAGGGGGGCAGGCAAUGGGGAUGGGAGGUGGCGGGACGGAGGAGGGGAGGCGGCAGUCAGGGGGGCAGUCAGUGAGGCGCGAGGGGAAUGCCAUGGGCGGAGAUGGCGGAGAGGGGGGCAGGGAUGGCGGAGAGAGGAACAGAGAUGGUACCGUUCCCGCCUCUGCCACAGCUGCUGCAGGCGCUGGUGCUAACGGGGAGGCUCAAAGGUGGCUGGAUGGGAUGAGGGAGAGAGGGAGGGGGAGUGCGUCGGAAGCAACAGAGGCGUUAGAUGUGGCAGCGAGGGAUUUGAGAGGCGAGGGCAGCGGUGGCGAGGCAGAGGGGGCGGAGGGCAGUGUUGGCCGAGAGGACGGUGGUGCUGCGUGUGCGGGUGGUGUGGGUGAUGUGGGUGGUGCCGUGGGCGUGGUGGGACGGAAACGAGUCAGAGAGGAGGAGGCAGGGGAUGAGGGCAUGGCAGGGAUGGGUGGAGGAGAGGCGGGAGGCACGAGCAGCAAGAGGCGCGAGUGGCUCACUGAGGGGAUAGGGGCAGCUGGAGAGGUGCAGCGGAUACAGGCACAACGGCAAGAGCAAGGCCAAGCGGACGAGGAGGAGGAGGAGGAGGAGGGGCGAGAGGGUGCGGAUGUGCACAUGAGGGAGGGUUUUGAGGAGAAGCGGCAGGAGGAGGACGGAGAGGAGACGGAGGAUGAGAGGGAAGGGGAGGAGGGUGGCGAGGAGCGUGGGGAAGGUGUUUUUGAGACGUCUCAAAAACACCCUCACUUUAAGGAGGAGGGUGGCGAGGAGCGUGGGGAAGGUGGGAGGGAGGAGGCGGGGCAGGAGGAGGGUGCAGCAGGGCUGCUGUCUCUAUCUGCCUCUCUCUCUGCACCCGCCACCACGCCUUUCCCUGCACCUCCCGCCAUCGCACCUACUGCUGCCGCUGCUGUUGCCGCCGCUGCUGCUGCUGUUGAAGGCCGCGGAGGAGAGGCGGUAGAAGGGGCUGAUGGGGGAGGGGAGCAAGCAGUGCGAGGGGCGGAAGGGGUGGAAGGUGCAUACAGUGCAGAGGGCGCAGAGGGCAGUGGCGGGGUGAUGAGUCGGCAGGCGGUGAGGGAGGCGGCACUCAAUAAGUUCCGGCUCAAGCGCAGAGAGAGGAACUUUGAAAAGAAGGUGCGGUACCAGAGCCGCAAGCGACUGGCAGAGCAGCGGCCGCGCUUCAGAGGCCAGUUUGUCCGCCAGCCCGCCCUCGCCCCCACUCCCCCUCCACCUGCUGCUCCUCCCUCCCCCGCUCCUCCCACCAUGCUGCAGCAGCACUUGCCUCGCGCACCAGUCAUGACUCCCGCCGUCCAUGCAGGGAGGGGCCAAGGCAGCAGCAUGCCCUUCCCCGUGCACCUGCCAGUCAUGCACGCACAGGGCGUGGCAGGAGUGACGGGAAUGACAGGAGUGCAGGUUCCAGGGAUGAUGGCAGCAGCACCGGCAGGCAGCAACCUAGACCGAACGAUGCAGUUCUUCCCUAUCGCACCCUGCCCUGCUGUCGCCACCGCCCCUUCCAUUGCCACUGCUCCCCCCUCGGGUCAUCUGCCUCUCGCCCUGAGCAGCCGCGGCCAGGAGAGGGUAUUUAUGAGCCACAGCAACGGCAUCAGCAUUGGGAGUUUUGGCGCGAGCGGCAGUGCGAGUGCGGGCGGGAGUGGGAGUGGGAGUGGGAAUGCGAGUGGGAGUGCGAGUGGGAGGGUUCCUGAGAGCAGUUACAGUGCAGCAGUGGCGGAUAUGAGCUAUGGUGCGGCCGUUGCUGAUAUCAACGGUGGUGUGCCUGCUGCUGCCUUCCUUGCUGCGGCCCCCUCUUCUGCUGCCGCUGCUGUUGUUGGGGAGGGUGUUGGAGGCUUGGGAAAGAGGCAUCCUCCCAGCUAUUCCCGCGAUCGAAGCGUAGCCGUCAUGGUUCUCGAGGCGACGGUGGUGUGCGUGGACAACUCCGAGUGGAUGCGGAAUGGCGACUACGCGCCGUCGCGUUUCCAGGCGCAGGCCGACGCGAUUAAUCUCAUCUGCGGCGCCAAGACGCAGUCGAACCCGGAGAACACGGUGGGCAUUCUGACAAUGGCGGGGAAGGGCGUGCGCGUGCUCGUCACGCCCACCGCUGACCUCGGCAAGAUCCUCUCCACCAUGCACG